AUGAUUGACCUAAGCGAAAGUAUUGGCAGUUCUGUUCCCGUCAUUCAUGGAUUAUCAUUUAGUCUUCCUCCUAAACUGGAGACUUUCUUCUGUGACGACAGCACAUUUAGGGUUUGUUUUGUCAAUGUCAACUUCACCUCAAACAAUCUAAAGAAAAUUAGUUACAGGAAAAACAUCAUUACCUUCUGGGCUGGUCCAAUGUAUGGCUGCAACCAUUUAACUGAAAUAGACCUGUCAGAAAACUUCUGCGAUCGUAUUGAUGAUGGUUGUCUGAAAGGUUUUUCUAGUCUCAAGAUAUUAAGAGCUAAUAGUAACUACCUUGGAGCUUUCUUAGGAAAGGAUAAAAAGGGACAGACGUUUGCUUAUUCACCAACUCUCGAAUUUUUAGAUCUAUCUUUGAACAGAAUCCAGUUUUUACCAGUGAAUGUGUUUCGAAACCUUGUCAGUCUGAAAACCUUGAACCUAAGUGAGAACAGUAUCACAAACCUGAAGGUGAAGGUUAGUCAUAUGACCAAUUUGACAUCUUUGAAUUUAAGUUUAAAUCAAAUUCCAUCCCUUGAUCACAUGUUUAUGUCUCAACUGGACAUAAUCAAAAGCUCUGCUUUAAAAGUUGAUCUUUCAGCCAACCCGCUUAUCUGUUCCUGUGAGACAUUACCUUUUGUAAAAUGGAUGACACAGAGAAAGGACAUGUUUGCAAGCCAACAACUGUACAAAUGUUCCUCACAAUCUGGAUGGUUAUACAACGAAAAUGUGUUUGAGAUUCUUUCACAACUUCAACAAAAGUGCACCUCUCAUUUUGGCGUAGCGAUGGGACUGUUUGUUUCUGUAACAAGUUUCCUCUGCAUCUUGUGUGCUUCUAUCCUCUACAGGUAUCGAUGGAAGUUGAGAUACCUAUAUUACAUAGCGCGGGGACGUUACCGAAAUGUUGACCUGAUUCAACACGGGAAUGACAGGGAAUAUGAAUAUAAUGCUUUUAUCUCCUACGCUGACGAGGACCGUGACUUUGCUCUGCACAUGUUCAUCGAGAAGCUUGAAAGAGAAGGCAAUCUUCAACUGUGUCUUCAUCAUCGUGAUUUUAUUCCAGGCGAGCCAAUAGCUGCCAACAUCCUGUCAGCCAUUCAAAAAAGUAAAUUUGUUGUCAUCGUGCUUUCCCCUAACUUCCUGGACAGUUACUGGUGCAGAUACGAGUUUGAGAUGGCCCGGAUGGAGGGUCUGUACACUGAGAGGAACAUGGUUGUCCUGGUGAAGUACCAGGAGGUCCUGCCCAACCUUGUGCCCAGGGACUUGUUGUAUAUGAUGCACACACAGACCUUCCUGGAAUACCCACAGAACGUUGAUGACCAGGACACGUUCUGGAUUGCUCUGAAAGAUGCCCUUGUAACACCUUGAGAAACAUUUGGAUAUGCUAUCAGAAGCUCUCAUAGCAUUGCAAUAUCCUCUGCUUCUUCUCUGGGAGUAUCGUCCUAUAUUAUAUAAUGUUUGUAACGUUUGGCAAUGUUGCCACAAAAAUCAAAUCACGUUGUUCUGGGUAAUUAGGCGUGAGAUAAUCAAACACAACAAUGUCGUCGUUUGGAUUCGAAUUUCAUUCGAUGUGUUUCGAGGACAAUAAUUCGUUAUUACAUGGAGUUUGCUGUGCCUAAUCACAUAUUGUACAUAGGAUGCAAACUAUUCUAAUGAUUAAGUUUUAUAUCCACGUGUCAAUUCAUUUUCUGCUGCAAUUCCUUUUCCAUUGUAUAAAACCUGCCUCUGUUUAAUAAAGAGUGCCUAUCAGCACCACUUUUCCGAAU